CUCCAAACUGAAAAGGAAUCUCUGUUUGAAUUUGAAAAACCUCAAAAUCCCAGAAAAAAGUUUUCAAAAAACACACACGCAGUUCCUCUUUUGUUUGUGUUUCUGUCAGAGGAUUUGAAUAAGCAACACCCACCAUAGGCGCGCUCUUCUUCUUCUUCUCCUCAGGCUAAAAUCAAAAUAUCCUACCAAAAGAUUGAAUUUUUGCCCAGAAGCGAAUUCCGUAGCAGAUCUGACAACAAACCCUAGUCAAAUCCAAUAACCCAGUUUUCGUUAUCCAUUUUCUCGUUGCUUUUCCUCGGAUAUUUGAUGAAUCUGUAAUACCCAUAUCCGGAAUCUUCCAAUUUCCCCGAGUACCCAUGGAAGAACAAGGCGACGUGUCCGGAGGGUUUUCCUGGAAUUCUAGAUCCGAUUCAAAGAUUGUAGACGAGGAGCGAAGCAGUGAGGAAUUGGUCGAAAGAGACGACUUUUGCCCUAAAAUCCCACGCCUUGACCCGAAUUUAGAUUCUGAUACCGCCACCCUCUGUUCAAUCAGACAGCUUGAUCUCCGGUCAGGCAAUGGUGUUGUCCUUGAUCCAGCAUCAAUCGGUAGCGGGAAGAAGUUUUUGCUCGAGAGAUUUGAUAAGGGUGGUGAGGCACAGAAAGGAAUUGGAUUAGACCUCAAUGCAGAUACCGUUUCCAGCUCCGUCAAUGAUGAAUUAUCAGUCUGCACUUCCUCCAGGGUAGAUGGUAACUCAAAGUCUAGGGAUGUUUUCUCUGAGUGUGGAAGUUCUAAUGCUCCGGUUGAGGAUAAAGAUCCGAUGAAGCUGUGGAAAGAGAUGAAAAGGAACGGUUUUCUUUCUAAUCCACACGGUGGGAUUUCAUCUGCAUCGAGCUGUUUCGUCUCGUCUUCUCAUGGAGGGAUACCAGCUCCGAGAAAACGAGGUAGGAAAAGCAAGAACGAUGCGUUGAAGAGGAGGAAAAUAGAGAUGGCGAUGAAGGAAGAAGUCGAUAGGUUUGCAAAGCUUGCUGCUCCUAGUGGGCUGCUCAAUGAGCUGAACCCGGGGAUUAUAUACCAUGUGAGGAACAAAAAGCAGGUCCUUUCCAUCAUCGAAAACCUUGUCAAGUCCGAAAAAGAUUGUGGAAGUUUUCACCGAGGCCAAAAUAGGCACAAUGGAAUGGCAAGUGGGGGUACCAAGAUCAUAGAAGAUACGAACAGUGACAGGUCAAGAUUCGAGUUGAACCAAGCUGACAAGUGGUUUAUGCCACUGGAUAUGUAUCCUACAAGGAAUCAUGAGGAGAAUUGCAGAGAUGGCGGCUUGACCACAGUUGACACAAUCGGUGGAGAAGACAAAACACUCGGGUUGAGGGUUCAGUCGAAAGCUAAGUGCCCGGAAAAUAUCAGUUCCUUGUCCACAGAAGUUUCAGCAGACAUUAGCUGUGCAAGUGUUCUUACUGUCAAAGCUGCUACAGUGGCUUCUCAGUGGCUGGAAUUGCUUCACCAGGACAUCAAAGGGCGUGUUUCGGCACUUCGCCGUAGCAGGAAGAGGGUCCGGGCUGUCAUUAACACCGAGCUGCCAUUCCUAAUACAGAAAGAAUUCCCGUCUAAUCAAGAGAACGGCCCAACUUCGAGAGCUGGCAUACACAAGGCGAGAUGGGCAUCACUGUUUAAUCAAAUGGAACUAACACUUGCAGAAGAAGAAAAACAACUUGAAAGCUGGUUGGUUCAAGUGAGAGAACUGCAGUCACACUGUGAUCAGGGUCUGCAACACCUGAGCACGAGUUCCGGACAAAAUUUCGUACAGCUCGGAAUGCCAUUGGACUCGAGAUGUGCGGAUAAACCGAGCUCGGAGAAGGAAAUAGCCGUCAGGGCAGCUGCGGCCUCCAUAUACUCGACGUGCAGUUUUCUAACGUCGAAAGAGAAUCUAACCUGUACCUGAAAAUCAUAUACACGGACCGACGUCUUCAAGUUUUUCAAACAUGCCAGCCGGGUUUUCUGAUCAAAUGAUGUCUACCCUUCCAGAGGAUAACCUCUAGAUUAACUUUUUCCCAGUUCUUGGUUAGUGAGGUUCCAUAUCUGUAACAUUAGGGACCAUAUGUUUUAUUUGGUUUUCA